CUGUAAACACCACCACCAUAAUCGCAUCUCCUCUCUCUUUUCGAAAGUCGUCAAUCUUUUUCCGUCAUUUUGCUGACACCCAUGGCGUUACAAACCCCUUCACUAUUAUGUAACCAUUCGACAAGGGCGAAACAAAGCGGUGCCAUAGUCCGAGACCCUCCUCGUUGGAUGACCAUAACAUGGCCGACCCUCUCUCACUUGUCUUUUUUCCUUCUCAUCUUUUUUUUUUCCUUUGUUCUCCUUCACAUCACCACAAGCAUAUUCCCAGUCGUCCUCGCAGAAUUUUUUACCCACCUUUACACAAGUCAAAGAGUGGGUUGCUGGCAACCUGGUUCGCCCAAAGCCCACCAGGAUUCCUUUGUUCUUCUGUUCCCACCCCCUCGCCGCAUCUGCUCUUUGUUGUCUGAGAUUUGACGACGCUUCUUAGUCCCGGAGUUGACAGGUAGACUCACCAAGACGGCGAUACGCCUGACAAGGACAAGGACAAGGACAAGGACAAGGUCUCUGACCACCUCAUCUCUUCCGAUCCCCCCGAAAACGUCGGAGACCAGAAAAGAAGCGAAGCUCAAAGAACCCAUUUCCAGAUAUACUCUACACUGCCCCCGCCCCGUCUCUCGUCUCUCCCUUCUACAAGUCGUGCUUCUUCUCCCUUCCCACGAAAAGAGGGGAAAAGAGUCGUCGUCUCUCCUCAAACUCUCCCUCUCCUCGGACCCGUCGAAUCUUUUCGCCUCUCCCCCCC